AGCGCACUGCGCGCAGCAGCAAGACGCGCAGUUAAUGAGCGGGACCCUAAAGCACUGACAGGGGGGAUUCAUCCUCACUCUGGAUAUAACUCACUUCAUAGACUAUAGGAACAACACAAACCCUCCAAUGUUGCCCCUUUUCUCCUCUCCCCUUCUCCAUUUGAAUUAGCCAGACACUUUUUGGGGGACAUGGCUUCAUCCGUUAGUGGCACAGAGGAGAUCCGGGUGUCGGUGCUGACGCCCCUGAAGUUGGUGGGACUUGUGUGCGUCUUCCUUGCGCUGUGUUUGGAUGCCGGGGCCAUCAUGAGCCCGGCGUGGGUCACAGCGAACGACCAGUACUACCUGUCCCUGUGGGAGUCCUGUUGGAAACCCGUCAGCUCCGUGGACUGGUCCUGCAGCAAGACGCUGACUACUGACUGGCAGAUCGCCACACUGGCCACACUGCUCGGGGGAGCCGCCCUCACCCUGCUCUCGCUCCUCACGGCUCUGAUCUCCCUGUGCGUCGGCUCAAGGGGUCGCUACUACAAGCCUGUGGCCAUCAUGCUGUUCUCUGCAGUGGUCCUUCAGGUCUGCAGCUUGGUGUUGUUUCCAAUCAAGUUCAUAGAAACAGUCAGCCUGAGGGUGUACCAUGAGUUCAACUGGGGCUACGGGCUGGCCUGGGGAUCCACCAUCUUCUCCUUUGGUGCCGCCAUUCUCUACUGUCUGAACCCCAAGAACUAUGAAGAUUAUUAUUGAAAAUUGUCACACACACACAAAAAGCAAAACAACAAAAAACAAGCAUAAGGAAACAAGUGUUUUCAGGGUGUGGUUCAUAAACUGUAUGUCCCUCACUGCACAAUCACAGAAUGGAAAACAGUGACAGUGUUUGUAUCGUUUUUUUUUUUUUUUUUUUUGCUUACUGUCUGAAAGACAUUCCUUCCUAUGAGUUCUUUUCUCAGGCUAAACUGCAACUCCUUAUCAAAAAGCCAAACCGAGUCAGUAGAAAGCAUUCGAGACAUACUGUUACUAAUCUGAUAAUUAUGUGCUGCUCAUUUAGGCCAGAAAUUCUGGAGCAUUGCAAUUAUAAACUACUGAGAGCAGAGUUAGUCUGCGAUUUAAGCGCAGAGAGGAAGACGUCCAGCUCCAGUAAUAUCCUGGUGAUGACAAAGCGAGGAAGACCAAGUAACAUUUUACAUCUCCCCAGAGACGCACCACGUCUGGAAGUUAACCAACCUUUCAACCUUUUCAACAGAAGAAAAAAUGAUCAUGGAGCAAUAUUUCAUUCUCUAUUCCUAAUUACAUUUCUGACAAAUGAUUCAUGAGAAGUUAAGGGCUAAUUUUGAAGGAAAACAUUCCACAAGCAUCUUCUAAAUAUGACACAGGUUAGAAACAUCUGCUGGUUCAUUAUUAGCCAGAUCUAUCAAGCAUGCUUGUGUCGAUUUUACAGCACAGUUUGAGUCACAAAGUUUUUUAAUAAAACUGAUGUACUUUAUGUAAUUAUGUGUGCAUAAUAUAGCAGUAUGCAGUCCAAUAGAAGAAGAGUGGGAAGAGAAAUGGCAAAUGACCAUGGCUGCUGAGUGAACACACUAGGAUCAGGGGUGUCCAAAAUUGCAGUCCAGGGACCAUUUAUUUCAGUCAGAAUGAUUUUAUUCAGUACGCUAAGACUCUCAUCGCAGUUUAGGAGACCAGCUUACUAGUUAAGGUAGUUAAUACAGAUGGUACACUUGGUAAUAAACUUUAGGCUAAUAUUUUCUCUGACAUGGUUUCUUUCGAAAGAGAUGCAUAGCAGAUAAAAUAUGUUUGGUGCAACAGAAAGGGUUCAGCUUCUAAUAUCCAAUUCGUUUUUUUGCUUUAAUAUUGUUUUGUAUGCAAUAUUUAAUAUUGCACCAAUGGUUUACAUUUAUCAGAAUUUUUGGACCAAAAAAAAAAAAA